AUGGCUCAGAGGGGCUGGGGCAGCCUCUCCUUCCACAGCCGCAGGACCCAGCUCCUGCUGGUCAACUCCCUGACGUUCGGCCUGGAGGUGUGCCUGGCUGCAGGGAUAACCUACGUGCCCCCGCUGCUGCUGGAAGUGGGCGUGGAGGAGAAGUUCAUGACCAUGGUUUUGGGGAUAGGACCUGUCCUUGGCUUGGUUUUCGUCCCUCUGAUCGGAUCCGCCAGCGACCACUGGCACAGCAGCUACGGCCGAAGGCGACCCUUCAUCUGGAUGCUCUGCCUGGGAGUCCUGCUCAGCCUCUUCCUUAUCCCUCAUGCCAGCAGCCUGGCCAGCCUCUUCGUCCUCAACCCUCGCCCUCUGGAGAUCACCUUCCUCAUCCUGGGCAUCGGGUUGCUGGAUUUCUGCGGCCAGGUCUGCUUCACUCCUCUGGAGGCUCUGCUCUCAGACCUCUUCCAGGAGCCAGACAACUGCCGCCAGGCCUUCUCCAUGUACGCCUUCAUGAUCAGCCUGGGGGGCUGCAUUGGCUACCUGCUUCCAGCCAUCGACUGGGGGGCCAGCUUCCUGGCCCCGUACCUGGGAGGGCAGGAGACCUGCCUCUUCAGCCUCCUCACCAUCAUCUUCCUCUGCUGCGUGCUGGCCACGCUCUUUGUGACAGAGGAAGCAGCCAGCCAGGCAGAUGCUCUGGAUGGCCCGGCGCUGAAGGACACUCCCCCGAAGCCCUCACCCCCUGCCUGCUGCUCGUGCCAGCUCUCCAGGAGCUCGUGUCUCCUGCAGGCCAGGCACAUGGUGCAGGCCCUGAGAAACCUCUGCACGCUGGUGCCACGGCUCCACAGCCUCUACUGCCGCAUCCCCAGGGUCAUCCGGCGCCUCUUCGUGGCUGAGCUCUGCAGCUGGAUGGCUCUCAUGACUUUCAUGCUGUUCUACACAGACUUUGUUGGGGAAGGGCUGUACCAUGGUGUGCCCAGAGCCAAGCCGGGCACCGAUGCCAGACGGCACUACGAUGAAGGUGUCCGGAUGGGGAGCUUGGGGCUCUUCCUGCAGUGCAUCACAUCCAUCUUCUUCUCGACAAUCAUGGACUGGAUGGUGAAGCAGUUUGGGACACGGGCAGUCUACCUGGCCAGCGUGGUGUUCUUCCCCGUGGCUGCCUUCGUCAUGUGCCUCUCCCGCAGCGUCGUCGUCGUCACCAUCUCGGCUGCCCUGACAGGCUUCACCUUCUCUGCACUCCAGAUCCUGCCCUACACGCUGGCGUCCCUCUAUCACCACGAAAAGCAGGUGUUCCUGCAUAAGUACAAGGGCAAAGAGAAGGAAGAUGCAGCUCGAUUGGACAAGAAAUCAGCCUUCUCUAAAGGCCACCUUUCCAGCCAGAAGCUGCCUUACCAAAAUGGACAUGCUGGGAGCCUCUUCUCCUCCUCCUCCUCCUCCUCCUCCUCCUCUCCUGCGGCCGCGGGCUCGGCUCUGUGCGUCAGCUCCUCCUGCGACGUCUCGCUGGUGAUGAUGGUGGGAGAACCUGACCCCGUGGCUCCCGGCCGGGGGAUCUGCCUGGACCUGGCUAUUCUGGACAGUGCUUUCCUCCUCUCUCAGGUUGUGCCCUCCCUCUUCAUGGGCUCCAUCGUCCAGUUUACGCAGUCGGUGACUGCCUACAUGGUGUCGGCUGCUGCCUUCGGCCUGGUGGCCAUUUACUUUGCAACCAAAGUUGUCUUUGAUAAGAGUGACAUGGCAAAGUACUCGGCGUGA